GACAUUUACUGCACUUCAUCCAUGUCUUUGGGGGCCUCUCAUCUCCUUAUCAACUGUUUCUGCCAGGAUGGAGAUCAGCCAUGGAACAUUUCCCACACACUCAAGGCACUAAUACACCUCCAGGGUUGUGUGGGACCCCUGAUGUACAGGAAGGCCGGACUUCAGAGAGGAACAUUUCCCUCACUCAGGACAGGAAAGUGUGGCUUCUUCUCCAUGUGAGAUCUCUGAUGUCUGUAAAAACUUGACUUCCAUAAAAAACAUUUCCCGCACUCAGGAUAGGAAUACGCCUUCUCCCCUGUGUGAGAUCUCUGAUGUAUGUAAAGAUAUGACUUAUUAGAAAAAGAUUUACCGCACUCAAGAUAGGAAUACGGCCUCUUCCUCGUGUGACAUGUCUGAUGUGUGUAAAGAAUGAACUUCUCUGAAAAACAUUUCCCACACUCAGGACAGGAAUACGGCCUCUCCCCGUGUGAAAACUCUGAUUUAU